AUGGGUGGUGGAAAGUAUGAGACGCAGAUGUGCGUCAUCAUGGUUGAAGAUAUAUUUGGAAAAAUUGUUGCAAAGGUCUUGGAGACGGUUCUCAAAGAAAGUUGUCAUCUCCCUACUCUCCUUCUUAAACUCAAAGGUCAAAUGUCAAGUGUUUUGAAUAGGAAUUUUAAGGUCAGAAAAGCUCUAUCGACUCUCAUCAACUUUGGUUUUGUUUCAUUCAGUCUGGAUACCAACAACCGAACAACAUAUGUAGCUGACGCUGAUCAAAUUCAAUAUGUGAUUUCAGCUCCAAGAGCAUGCUUGAUUGCUAAAACCCUGCACGGCCCAGCUGCGGAGUCGAUUUGCGUAGAACUAAUCUCGCAAGGUCGAUUGACUGUUUCGGAGACGAUUCGUCGAAUUCGAUCCACGGAUGAGAGUGUCGAGUUUAGUGAUAUCAAGCAUUCGUUCGAAGAGCUCGCUCGAGCACAAUUUCUGAUCCGUGUUCCUGCUGUAGAGUCGAAUCUUUAUGGAUGCCCACAGCUCACUGUUAAUUUUAACCAGUUCGAAAUGCCCAAAAAUAUUAUGGAAAAGAAGGAACCACAAACUAGAGGAUCAUCCUUCAACGAUGCAUCAUCUCGAAAGAGAAAAGCGGAUGCUUCUCCGGAAGAUAUGGACGCUGGUCAGUAUUGGAGAAUCAAUUGGGCUCGAUUCAACGGUUACCUUCGUGAUGAGCUUAUCAUUGAUUACUUGAUUGGAGGAGGUUCAACAGCCACGAUGACUCAUUUGAAUGUGAGAAAAAACUCGGAAGAGGAUGUACCCCAACAAGACAGAACCCAGUAUAUCACUCAAAAUGUUGCUCAUCUCAUGUUCAAAAGUAACGAACUGAGAGCUAACCCAUUGAGCAUGGACAGCAUUACAGUCAGUAUCACAGAUUUGCAAAAGCUCGUCAGAGAAAAUGAAUUAGACCUUUCCAAGCCAGACAUUGAGUUAGCUUGUCAAAUUCUUGUCGACGAAUCAGAUGGAAUUGUUCGAAAGGUUGGAGAUUCGAAUGGUGGUUUGUAUACCGUUGACAUUCGUCACGGAAUCCGCCAAAUUUGUCGUCAUCACUGUGAAUCCUUGAUUCGAGAGCAGUUCGAAGGACGAGCCAUUCGAGUAAUGCGACUUCUCGAAAGCCGUCAUUACCUUGACGAAGAGCAAGUUGAGAAACUGAGCAUGAUGAGUGGGAAAGAAGCUAGAGAGAUGUUGUAUGCGCUGGUAGAAGAAGGAUACGUUUUCAACAAGCCAGUGGGGCGAAGCAACGACUUUCAACCUGCUCGGACCUUCUACCUGUAUUAUGUGGAUCUUCCACGAACUAUUCGUGGACUCGUUGAAUACACCUGCAAACUUGUCCGUAAUCUAAUUCUUCGCCAACGUCAUGAAAGAACUGAAAACAAGGCUCUUCUUGAUAAGGAUGCCAAUGUUCAGCCUAUCAUUGAGAAUAUCCGUGCAUCCGAUCAACUGGACGAAGCAUCGAAGCUCGCUCAAAUCGCCGAAGUAGAGGAAAUGUAUUUGCCAGGUCCUGACCGUGCUCAACUAAACCGAUUUCGAAAGGCUCAGGCUACGCUCCUUGCCGCCCAAGAUCAGUCCAUUCGAGUUCUUCUCGCUUUUAAAUUGUUUUUAGCUUCUGGGCAGAGCUGA